CCUUAUGUUUUGAGUUAAUUUCCUUAAUCUGCCUUUCACACCCUCCUUUUGUUUUCUUGUUUCUCAUUCGACAACAAUUAAGAAACUGGAUUAGGCAACAGUGAUCUUAAACCCCUUAAGGAUGUGGUAGUUGAAGUGGAUAAAAGCAAGAUAAAGGGGCGUUCUUUAUCUGCAUUGUCUACUGUUUGUGCAAAUCAUAGCAAAAUGGAAGGAUCUUUAAGUGAAGAAGCCCAGAAAGUAGAAUCUUUAAGUGAAGAUAAGGAGGUGAGUGUUGAAGUUGAUGCUGAUGAUGGCAUAUCCAAGUCUCUCAGCGAUGAACAUGCAACACAAAGUGAGGAGAAUAGCGGGCUUGUUGAGUCAGGCAAAGUGGAAGAGACACAAGAUGUUUCUGAGGAGCCUAAUGAUUUUAGUGAUCUAAUAAAAGCUGCUCAAGUUGACAAUAUAAUGGUCUCAGAUACUGUAGAAUUGGAAUUGAAGGAAGAUCAAGGAAAAGAUUUUCAAUCUCCUGAAGAUACUGGUGGGAUUUUUUCAGAUCAUGGGGUAAAGGAAACAGAAUUGCCUCCUUCAGAGGAUAACAAUGAGCUCUCUUCAGUUUCAAGAAAUGAGGGCUUACAAGAAACUGAAGAGGUUGAAACAGUUAAUGACUUAACUGUUGCUGAAGAGGAGAAGAAUGAUUUGUCUUCAGUUGUAACAGAGGGGUUACUUAAGGAGGGUGAAGAACCAAAUGAGAUCUAUAAUUUUUCCUCUCAGCCUCCAACUGAUGUGGUUUCAAAGGAAACUCAGGAGGCAAGUAUUCCAAAAUCAGACGAGAGUGACAAGGUUCCUUUAACCAUAACAGGAGAAGUACCAAAGGGAAUUGAGAGAUCAUUGGUGCCAUCUAUGGUUGAGAAAGAUGAGGAGCAUUUAGAUGCCCAAGAGUCAUCCUAUGAAACUGCUAAGGAUUCUUUUCAACCAUCGGCAAAUGUUACUGAUGAUGAAAGCACUAGUGCCACUGUGAAAAACCAGACUGAAGCACCUAGAAGCACUGAAAAUCCGACCAUUGUCCCUCCUGUGACUCAAAGGCAAUACACCUCUUGGAAGAGUUGCUGCGGACUCUUUGAAAUUCUGAGUCGUGGUGAUAGAUAAUUCAAGGGCAGAGAAUCUUCAAAGGUUAGAAAUUGAGCUAAGGUAUUGAGGCAUUGCACAAUCAUAGGCUGUGAUGGCACCCUUCUAAAGGAGUCAAAAUUUGUUCUGUUUGUUUACUUUGAGCCUCACAUCAAGAGGCAUGUAUUGUUAUAUGUUGUAGUUUGCUUUACUGAUUGGUUCCAGAGUGGUUAUUUUGUUUCAUUUCCAAAAAAAUGUAUGGUACAUUUCAGUUGUGGUAUACGGUACACUUCCAUUAAUUACAA